AUGGAUAUCGACACAGAGCUACCAUUAGACACAAAUUCGCAUUUCUCUAUUGUCUUCCCGCUUCCCUAUCGUUGCCUCUGCCUCGUAGGCAUCGGAAUUCUGGGGUGGGCGUCCAAUUUGCAAGGACUCUACUUCCUAGGAAUAGAUACCGGAUAUGCUCUCAAUAUCCGAAGCACAAAUACCGGCUUGAGAACACGCGAAGGGUUGGCAACUACAUUUGCGCACCCGUCGACCCUCUACAAGCCCGUGUAUGGAUUGUUCUUGAUCUACGCGGUCAUUACCCUCACAAGCUGGCUUUUCUUUUUCCUCUCCUCCUCGGGAGCGAGUCCCACUACCGACUCUGUUAAAUUUAUUCCAUCAUUAACGAUUAUUUCCCUCCUGAUCUUGCUCAUGGCCCCAUGGUCUAUACUUUACCGUCGUGAAAGGGCUACGUUCCUCCGGGCUUCUUUGCGAUGUCUUGUCCCCUCGUUUACUCAGUCCAUCUACUUUUCCGACAUCAUCCUCGCCGAUAUCUUCACGUCCUUCGCAAAAGUCUUUGGCGACUUUUGGCUCGCCUCGAUCAUUCUCAUCUCCAACGGUCAUCUCUGGCAACUGCCCGAAGAGACAGGCUUGACGCAAUGGAUUACUCCUUGCUUGAUGAGUCUUCCGUACGCGGUCCGACUGCGUCAGUGCAUUGCAGAAUACGUCGUCACAAGCUCGAAACGAUCGCUAUAUAAUGCAUUAAAGUAUUUUACAGCGUUUCCGGUCAUCUUUUUGUCUGCCGCGCAGCGAUUGGUAAACGAUGAAAAGCCUCAUGGAGAACACCCACUUUUUCGAGUUUGGGUAUUCUUCGUCUUUGUCAACUCGAUCUACUCGUUUUGGUGGGACGUCACAAACGACUGGGGUUUGACAAUGUUUACAUUCUCGUCUCGCAAAUCAAAGCGCAAGCUGUCUACACCUGCAACGCCCAUGGAGUCACGAGAUAGACUUAUUUCCCCUUAUGGAUCCACUGCCGCGCUCAACGCUGCGGGUGAAGAUGAUCUAGAUGGCCCCAGUCAAGCACCAGGCCUUCGAUCCCACCUCCUCUUCAGCGACCCAAUGAUCUACUACAUUGCGGUCUUUAUCAACUUUGUUCUGAGGUUUACCUGGUCGCUCAAACUCUCGUCUCAUUUGCACCACGUUGCCGAUUUGGAGGCGGGAGUUUUCCUCAUUGAAGGUCUCGAAGUCCUUCGGCGUUGGAUUUGGGUGUUCCUACGAGUGGAAUGGGAGACCCUCAAGCUCGGCAAGCAGCCACACAACGACGAGUACGAAUUUCUCAUGCGCGAAGUUGGAGAGGAAGACGUUUCCGACGUUUCAAUGUAG